AUGGAUGAAAAAAACUACCAUUCAUUCAGUUUACCCAUUCCUCAUUUUCCCAUUAAACUUUUGUUUGAGGCAGAUGAAUAUGACUUUUAUAAAAAUAAACAAAAGGAGAAGGUAGAAACGUGUUCGAAAAACAAAGGGGUAGAAAAUACGUUGAAUGAAAGUGAAAAAAGUUCUGUGGGAAGCGACAAUGGAAGUGAAAUCGAAAGUGAAAAUGAGAGGGUAUUUAUGAAGUACCUUAAAAAUAUUGCGAAAAAGGACAAAAUUCGCACACAGAAUGUUAGCAAAUGUAGCAACAAUGGAUAUAGUAAUAAUUGUAAUAACACUGCUAGGAAAAUAGGAGUCCAAGAUAUGAAUUCAUUCUCUAUGAAUGAGCGAAGGAAAGAAUCGUCUUCUCCUGUAGAUGAUUCGAUGAAGAAAAGGGGACAGGAUGAAAAUGAAAUCGUAACAAAAAAGACAUACCACCUUUUUGAAAAAUAUCCAGAUAUUCCCAUACGUAAAGAAUUGAAAAGAGAAUGGGUUUACCACAUACCUGCACCAGCUUUUGUUCACAAAAAAGUUUGCUUAAAAGAUUUCCAGGAGGAAUGUGAAAAGAUAAGGAGGAGACUAAGGAUAGUAGAUGCAAAAAUGGAUCAGUCAGCAGAAUUAGAACACGACACACAAAAAGAGAUAAAUCUCACCUCAAUGGAGAUUAGUGCGCCACACCACCUUGAAGAAUCACAAGGAAAAAUGGAGGAAACGGAGGAACAAGAGAAAACGCAGAAAGAAAUCAUGGGGAAUAGUAAAAUAAGGCAGAAAUUUUAUAAUUAUCUAAUAAGAGUACUACAAUCCGGUAUUCGAAGCCCAAAUGUAGGAGAAAUAAUUGACCACAUUGUAUAUUACAACUGCAAAAAUUGGGAACAAAAAAUUGAUUUUCAAGUUUUGAAAAAAGUAGCAGAUAAUUCAAAAAAGGAAAAAGUAUUAAAUAGGACUAAAUGUUUUGUGGAUUGGUUACCAAAAACCGAAAAUAAUUCUUUUAGUAAGUAUGAAAUAAUGUCCAAAUUAAAAAAAAAAACAGUAUCAAAAACGUUUAAGCUUGUGUGUGAUUUUAACAAUUCUCUUUUAAAAGGAUUAUAUAUAAAUCAAAAUUUAAUUAACACAUUUUACACAGAAAAAACAAAGAAUAUAUUUUAUGCAAAUUCAUUGCAAAAUUUGACUACAAAUGAAAUUUUUAUAAUUUCAGUCUCAUUUUAUCACCCAAUUAGAGGAAUAAAAAUAGCUGAAUAUGAUAUAUUAUCUUAUCAAACAUUGGCUGAUUUAACAGAUGCUUUUUUUUGUUUCGAUUCAUCAAAUUAUGGUCUACCCCAAUUUGAUGGAUCUGUGUACUAUAUUGAUGGGAUUCUUUAUCCAGAUUUGAGAUCCCCCAACGCAUUAGAUUAUUCAACCUGUAUAUUAGAUUUUUAUUUAAAAAAAAAACAAACGAAUUUUGUUAGACCACCAUAUAAAAUACAUCAGGACAAAGCUAUUAUUAACCAAAUUGAAAUUCCAUUAUAUCAAAAAUGCUGUUUCUUACACCAGGGAAAUUGUGAACAUAGAGUAAUUUUUAACAAUAUUCGUCAAUACAACAGGUUCCGAGAUAAGGAUUUUUCAAAAUAUCCCCUCAGGACCUUUAAACCGAACAUUGCAAAAAAGUUCUGUUUCUGUUGUCAUAAAAAUGUAGCUAAUAAAAUUGUACUCGAUUGUUAUUUGUUCAAAGAAAACCCUUCCUACAUUUGUAAUAGUUGCUUUGAAUUGUUCUUAGUGGAUGGGAAAGGAAACACUGUCGAUGCCUUUAUGAAACAUUUCGACUAUAUUGAUGAAGUCUGA